UCAUCUUCAUCAAAGAUUCACCCACUCCCACCGAAACAAAAGGAAAGAAAGUGAAAUAUAUAAACAACACAUGAUGCUGAUGCAAUAUACAUAACAAAGUAUUAAAUCUUAGAUAUUGUGGGUCUCCCAUCUCUCUUGUCUGUCCUCUAUUAUUUUCUUAUUCAUAUUAAAAGAGAGAAAAUGGAUACUCUCUUUAGGUUAGUCAGUCUCCAACAACAGCAACAAUCCGAUAGCAUUAUUACAAAUCAAUCUUCGUUAAGCAGAACCUCUACCACCACUAGUGGCUCUCCACAAACUGCUUAUCACUACAACCACAACAACUUCCCACCAAACGACCUUGUUGAAGAAUGCUACAACUUAUUCAUGGAUGAAGAAGACCUUUCCUCUUCUUCCUCUCAUCACAACCAUCAUCACAACAACAACCCUAAUAGCUACUACUCUCCUUUCACUACUCCCACCCAAUACCAUCCCGCCACCUCAUCAACCCCUCCCUCCACCGCCGCAGCAGCUGCCUUGGCCUCACCGUACUCCUCCUCCGGCCACCACAAUGACCCUUCCGCUUUCUCCAUCCCUCAAACUCCUCCUUCCUUCGACUUCUCAUCCAAUGCCAAAUGGGCAGACUCGAUCCUCCUCGAAGCCGCACGUGCCUUCUCCGACAAAGACACCGCACGUGCGCAACAAAUACUCUGGACGCUCAACGAGCUCUCUUCACCUUACGGAGAUACCGAGCAGAAACUCGCUUCUUACUUCCUCCAAGCUCUCUUCAACCGCAUGACCGGUUCAGGCGAACGAUGCUACCGAACCAUGGUCACCGCUGCAUCCACAGAGAAGACUUGCUCCUUCGAGUCAACACGCAAGACCGUGCUCAAGUUCCAAGAGGUUAGCCCGUGGGCCACGUUUGGACACGUGGCGGCAAAUGGAGCGAUCUUGGAAGCAGUAGACGGAGAGGCAAAGAUCCACAUAGUUGACAUAAGCUCGACGUUUUGCACUCAAUGGCCAACGCUUCUAGAAGCUUUAGCCACGAGGUCAGACGAUACGCCACACCUAAGGCUAACCACAGUAGUCGUCGCUAAUAAAUACGUCAACGAUCAAACGGCGUCGCAUCGGAUGAUGAAAGAGCUAGGAAACCGAAUGGAGAAGUUCGCUAGGCUCAUGGGAGUUCCUUUUAAAUUUAACAUUAUUCACCACGUUGGAGAUUUGUCUGAAUUUGAUCUCAACGAGCUCGAUGUUAAAUCAGACGAGGUCUUGGCCAUCAACUGCGUAGGCGCCAUGCAUGGGAUCAUGCCUCGUGGAAACCCUAGAGACGCUGUGAUAUCCAAUUUCCGACGGUUAAGGCCGAGGAUUGUGACCGUGGUCGAAGAAGAAGCUGACCUUGUCGGAGAAGAACUAGGCUUUGACGAUGAGUUCUUGAGAUCUUUUGGAGAAUGUCUGCGUUGGUUUAGGGUUUGCUUCGAGUCGCUGGAAGAGAGUUUUCCGAGAACGAGCAACGAGAGGCUGAUGCUUGAACGUGUGGCGGGACGUGCGAUAGUUGAUUUGAUUGCCUGUGAGCCGUCGGGUUCGACGGAGAGGAGAGAGACGGCGAGGAAGUGGUCGAGGAGGAUGAGGAACGGAGGGUUUGGGGCAGUGGGGUAUAGUGAUGAAGUGGCGGAUGACGUCAGAGCUUUGUUGAGGAGGUAUAAAGAAGGAGUCUGGUCGAUGGUACCGUGCUCUGAUGCCACCGGAAUAUUCCUUUGUUGGAGAGAUCAGCCGGUGGUUUGGGCUAGUGCGUGGCGGCCAAUGUAAUAGGGUUGGUUUUUAUUUGAUAUAUUUGCACGCUUGUUCGUUGAGAUAGUUUCACACGUAUGGUGAUGGUUGAUGAUGGGUUUAAAGAUUGAGAGUUUACUAUUGAUGAUAAUGCGUUCAUAAUUUGAAAAUUGCUUUUGGAGUAUAACUAAUUAAGCUAUGAUCAUUGAGGUGGAGGGUUUCAAGGAUUUACAAAUUCGUGAUUUUUGUUUUAUUUUUAAUAUAUGUUGUUUUGCUUUCUACUUUGGAUUAAAUUUUGUGAUUAGUUUGGUUUAUGUGAAAGAAUAUAAUUUUGUAUUUUC